AUGCUUCCGACGGACAAUUGUUUACCCAAAGACCAUAGACAAGCGCAAAAGGUGUUGAAUGGUCUUGGAUUGGGUUAUAAAAAAAUUCAUGCUUGCAAAAACAAUUGCAUGUUAUUCUACAAAGAGUAUGAAACAUUGGAUACAUGCCCUAUAUGCAAAGAGUCGAGGUUCAAGAUGACAUCUCAGAAUAGGAUGACUAAGAUCCCACAGAAAGUCAUGCGUUAUUUGCCCUUGAAACCUAGGCUACAGCGAUUGUAUAUGUCGACUCAUACUACCACAGACAUGAGAUGGCAUAAGGAGAAACGGGUAGACGACGAUGUGAUGCGGCAUCCUGCAGACGGGGAAGCAUGGAAAGAGUUCGAUCGAACGUUCCUCGACUUUGCUGCUGAUCCUCGAAAUGUUAGAUUGGGACUUGGCACUGACGGAUUCAAUCUGUACGGGGUUCUAAACCAACACCACAGCACUUGGCCGAUUUUCGUAUUUCUAUAUAAUUUGCCGCCUUGGAAAUGCAUGAAAAAAGAGUACAUGAUGAUGACUGUUUUGAUAACUGAGGAUCCUGGCAGGUCAAUCGAUGUUUACUUAUGGCCGUUGGUUGAUGAGCUCAAGGAUUUAUGGACAAACGGUGUGCACACGUACGAUAAAGCCACUGGGAAGAUGUUCACUUUGCGUGCAGCAGUGAUGUGGACUGUAAAUGAUUUUCCCGCAUAUGCAAUGGUUUCUGGGUGGAGCACAAAGGGUUAUAUGGCAUGCCCUGUAUGUAAGAAAAAUGUAACUUCUGGUUGGCACACGGGAAAAGAAAAGGAUAAAGAGUUUGACGGGAACAUAGAGCAUCGCCUCAGACCUAGAGAAUGGUCCGGUGAUGAGAUCUUGGAACAGCUAAACCGUUUGAAUUUUUCUCCGUUCGGGAAAACAGUUACUCGGACCAGACCUUCUACACAUUUGAACUGGACGCACAAGUCUAUGUUUUUUGAGCUCCCAUAUUGGUCGAAACUAAAAUUGAGGCACAAUCUUGACGUUAUGCAUGUUGAGAAAAAUGUCUUUGACACAUUGCUGGGCACGAUUCUAGAUAUCGAGGGUAAGACAAAGGACACGAUCAAAGCUCGUCUUGAUUUGGAAAGAAUGGGCAUACGAAGAGGUUUAUGGAUGAACAGGGACGUUGAUAAAACUAGAAGGGAUCUGGUAUUUUUUGCCAUGAAACCGAAUGACAAAAAAGAUUUUCUACAGUUUGUAUCGUCGGUAAAGUUUCCCGAUGGGUAUGCUUCUAAUAUCACGCGUUGCGUGAAUGUUGACGGGGGUAAAUUUACUGGACUGAAGAGCCAUGACUGCCAUGUGUUUAUGCAAUGCCUACUUCCUGUGGGUAUUAGACACCUUUUGCGAGAAGAUGUAGUGAAACCAAUCAUGUUGUUGUCCAGAUUUUUUUCCCAACUGACGGCAAAAACAUUGCGAAAGACAGACAUUAAUCAGUUGCGCCAUGACAUUGUCCAAGUCCUAUGCAAGUUCGAGAUGAUAUUCCCUCCAGCUUUCUUCACAAGUAUGAUCCACGUGAUGGUUCAUUUGCCAGAAGAGGCAUUGCUCAUUGGUCCUAUAAACUAUCGUUGGAUGUAUCUAAUAGAAAGGCUUCUGGGAGAGUUGAAAAAAACUGUACGCAACAGGGCGAAACCUGAAGGAUCAAUUAUAGAGGCUUGGGUUCAAUAUGAGUCGCUUACUUUCUGUGGAAUGUAUUUAAAAGAUGUGGACACGGAUUUCAAUCGUCCUCAACGCAAUAGUGACGGAGGUCUGAGAAAUGAGAAACUUUCUGUUUUCGCCCAAAGCGCACGACCCUUUGGAGAUCCGGUGAAUAAGUUGAAAUCAUCGAAUUCACCCUCUUACAGUGAAGAGUUAUAUAACUUGGCGUUCGGCCCGAUUCGCACUGAAUUAUUCUCGGGUUGCCAUGUUAAUGGCGUCAAGUUUUUGGGGACUGCACGAGAUGACAAGUUGUGUACGCAAAACAGCGGUGUCCAUGUCCCAGGUGGUGGCGAAAGUACUGACAUUGAUUUCUAUGGCAAACUCACAACUGUCGUGCAAUUGCUUUACAAAGACCGAUACCAAGUGAUCAUGUUUAAGUGUCGAUGGUUUGAUACAAACCCAAAUAGGCAGGGAAGUGUUAAAAUAGACCAUGGCUUACUAUCAGUGAAUACUAACAGAACUUGGUAUGAUGACGACCCUUACAUUUUGGCAAACAUGGCAAGACAGAUUGUGUAUCUAGAUGACCCUAAAGCCGGAAGCGGUUGGAAAGUUGCUCAGCGGAUGGAUCAGAGGAACGUGUAUGCUAUACCAGAACUAGACCCAACUGACAACGACGUCGACAACGUCACUGACCAACGGUUGGAAUCUUCCAUGGAAACUGAUGCAGAAACACUUCGAGAUACAGAUGUUAUACAAAAACCGUUUCAGCUUCAAGGAGUGUCUUCAAUCGAAAUACCGAUUCAGUCAAUUACAAUUGACCUCGGUGAUCUUCCGUGCUACAAAGUUCUAGUGGGCCCGAACAACGAAAGUGAUUAG